ACUAGCUCUGGGAAGCUCGAGCGCGGCCGAGCAGGAGAGAGUGGCAGUGAAUGUGUCGGCGGCGGCGUUUUGCGUUAAAAAACAUAAACUACGGCUAAAGAAGAGAGGACCAAACCCUGCUGCAGUUCAAGACGACCUCGGCAGACCAUGGACUAUGAUAGAUUCUAAACAGAGGCUGGUUACGGUGGGCUGUUUUGACGACAAGCGGUUUAUUGAACAUCUGUAGAGCAUAAUGAGGGCAUCCGCUAUUCUUUACGGUGGUUUUUCCUCCGAGGUUUAGUUAGACGCAGACUGACACUAUUUAUAAAUGCGUCGCUUUUAGACAUCCUCCCCAGGAAAAGACACAGCAGCCUGCAGAAAUUUAGGUAUAAUUCCCUCCUCCCAUGGCCCCUGGGGAACAGUGAAGUCAUUUGAGAAGUCACCGGAGAAGAGGACACGUCUUUAUAGAUUAGAUAGUUUCACACAGUUUUGCGAGGAAAAUCGGCUUUCCCCUUCCAUCGGCUCGCUUUUGCACCAGACUCCCACUGCUUUUUCUUUAUUUUUGACAUCUUACAUGGUUUUGACUUUCUGAGCAUUCAUCGCCAACCCUCCUGUGGGCAUUUCCCCCGUUAAAGGAUGCCGGAUCAAAUAUCGGUGUCCGAGUUUCUCUCGGAGACAACCGAGGAUUACAAUUCCCCGACAACAUCCAGCUUCACCACCCGACUGCAGAGCUGCAGGAACACAGUGAAUGUGCUGGAGGAGGCUUUGGACCAGGAUCGAACCUCCCUGCAGAAGGUGAAGAAAUCAGUGAAGGCCAUCUACAAUUCAGGACAGGACCACGUCCAGAAUGAAGAGAACUACGCUCAGGCUCUGGACAAAUUUGGCAGCAACUUCAUCAGCCGGGACAACCCCGACCUGGGAACGGCUUUUGUCAAGUUCUCCUCCCUCACCAAGGAGCUGUCUGCCCUACUGAAGAACCUGCUCCAGAGCCUCAGCCACAAUGUGAUCUUUACUCUGGACUCGCUGCUGAAGGGUGAUUUGAAAGGCGUGAAAGGGGACAUAAAGAAGCCCUUUGACAAAGCAUGGAAAGACUACGAGGCCAAGUUUACAAAGAUCGAGAAGGAGAAACGAGAGCACGCCAAGCAACAUGGGAUGAUCCGCACUGAGAUCACCGGGGCUGAGAUCGCCGAGGAGAUGGAGAAGGAGCGGCGUCUCUUCCAGCUCCAGAUGUGCGAGUACCUCAUCAAAGUAAAUGAGAUCAAGACCAAGAAAGGAGUGGACCUCCUCCAGAACCUGAUUAAGUAUUACCACGCACAGUGCAAUUUCUUCCAGGAUGGCUUGAAGACAGCGGAUAAGCUGAAGCAGUACAUUGAGAAGCUGGCAGCUGAUCUAUACAAUAUCAAACAAACUCAGGAUGAGGAGAAGAAGCAGCUGACUGCCCUGCGGGAUCUGAUCAAGUCCUCCCUCCAACUGGACCAGAAGGAGGACUCACAGAGUAAGCAGGGUGGCUACAGCAUGCACCAGCUGCAGGGAAACAAGGAGUUUGGCUGUGAGAAGAAAGGUUACCUGCUGAAGAAGAGUGAUGGGCUAAGGAAGGUGUGGCAGAGGAGGCAGUGCUCAGUGAAGGGGGGCAUGCUCACCAUCUCUCAUGCCACAUCCAACAGACAGCCGGUCAAACUCAACCUGCUCACCUGCCAGGUCAAGCCGAGUACUGAGGACAGGAAGUGCUUUGAUCUCAUUUCUCAUAACCGGACAUAUCAUUUCCAAGCUGAAGAUGAACAAGAGUUUGUCAUCUGGAUCUCGGUGCUAACCAACAGUAAGGAGGAGGCCUUGAACAUGGCGUUUCGUGGCGAGCAGAGCAGCGGAGGCGAGGACGGUUUAGAGGAUCUGACUAAAGCCAUCAUAGAAGAUGUGCUGCGCAUGCCAGGCAACGAAGUCUGCUGCGACUGCGGAGCUGCAGAUCCUAAGUGGCUGUCCACCAACCUGGGGAUCCUGACCUGCAUCGAGUGCUCUGGCAUCCACCGAGAGAUGGGGGUCCACAUCUCUCGCAUCCAGUCCAUGGAGCUUGACAAGCUAGGAACCUCAGAACUCUUGCUGGCCAAGAAUGUAGGGAACAGUAGUUUCAAUGAGAUCAUGGAGGGAAACCUCCCAUCCCCUUCACCAAAGCCCAUUCCAUUCAGUGACAUGACGGUGAGGAAGGAGUUCAUCAACGCUAAGUAUGUGGACCACAAGUAUGCGAGGAAGACGUGCACGUCUGCGUCAGCUAAAAUGAUCGAGCUGUUUGAGGCGGUUCAGUCCAGGGAUCUGCUGUCCCUCAUCCAGGUCUAUGCAGAGGGGGUUGAACUUAUGGAGCCGAUCCCAGAGGUUGGACCGGAAUCCGGAGAGACAGCACUGCACUACUCUGUACGGACUGCUGACCAGACCUCACUGCACUUAGUGGACUUCCUUGUGCAGAACAGCGGCAACCUGGAUAAGCAGACGGAGUGGGGGAACACCGCCCUGCAUUACUGCAGCAUGUACGAAAAACCUGAGUGCCUCAAGUUACUCCUGAGGGGAAAGCCGGCUACUGAUAUCACCAAUCAGAACGGAGAGACGGCGCUGGAUGUUGCCAGGCGACUGAAGAACACUCAGUGUGAGGAGGCACUUGUGCAGGCUGCAGAGGGGAAGUUCAACCCUCACAUUCAUGUGGAGUAUGAGUGGAGCCUCAGACUGGAGGAGAUGGAUGAGAGCGAUGACGACCUCGACGAUAAGCCCAGUCCCAUCAAGAAGGACCGCUCCCCGAGGCCUCAGAGCUUCUGCCACUCCUCCAGCCUCUCCCCCCACGACAAGCUCUCCCUGCCGGGCUUCAUCAGCCAAAGGGACAAACAGCAGCGUCUGUCCUACAGCGCCUUCACCAACCAGAUGUACAGCGCCUCCACCGACCUCACCUCCUCCCCCGUGGCCGACGGGCCGCCGCUGCCACCUAGGAACCAGGGCAAAGCUCCUCCCCCAUCUGGCCCUUCCUCUACACUCACACCAGGAGGCAGCUCCACCCUGUCCAAGAAGAGACCUCCGCCCCCACCUCCUGGACACAAACGCACCCUGUCUGACCCACCCAGCCCGCUCUCUCACAGUCCACACAGUAAAGGGGGCUUGACUGGGGGAAGCGACUCCACCCCUCCUCCUGUCAGCAAGAUGUCUCCUGUUUCUAACAAGUUUGAAGGAAUUCCUCAACAGCAAAGCACUACUUCAAGCAACACAAAGUCUACACUUGGUCCAAGGGUUCUUCCCAAACUACCUCAGAAAGUGGCAUUGCGAAAGAUUGACACCAUACACCCGUCUAUGGAUAAGCCCAGCCAUCCUCCAGAGGUCUUCCAGAAGUCCCCGCCGGCCACCGACACCCCACAGAAGGCUCCUCUGGCAGACAGGCCUCAGCUGGGAGACCUGCCCCCCAAACCACAGCUGUCUGAACUUCCUCCUAAACCUGGAGAACUUCCUCCGAAGCCACAGCUGUCUGACCUCCCUCCUAAACCUCAGCUGGGAGACCUCCCGCCUAAACCCCAGCUCAAAGACCUGCCUCCCAAGCCUCAUCUCGCAGACAUCCCCCCAAAACCCGGAACAGCCGAGUCCACUCCCCGGCCGCCUCCCGGAGAGACAGUGCAAAGGCCUCAAACGCAACCUCCACCUCCACCUCAGCCUCAGCCUCAACCUCAGCCUCAGCCUCAAGACUCACCGUCACCUAAUCAGCAAGCAAAUAUAGGGACCCCCAUCCAACAAGCUGCUGAAGACACCAAUGGGACCCCAACAGGGACUGCAGAGACACCAGUGCCCUUCCCAAGGAAGAUCAACACGGGGAAAAGCAAAACCCGUCGGGUGAAGACUAUCUAUGACUGCCAGGCUGACAAUGAUGACGAACUGACUUUUGUUGAAGGAGAGGUGAUUAUAGUUACAGGAGAAGAGGACCAGGAGUGGUGGAUUGGGCACAUUGAAGGAGAUCCGGAAAGAAAAGGGGUGUUCCCCAUGUCUUUUGUGCACAUCCUGAGUGACUGACAGCCAUCGAGACUUGCACUAAGCCUCUCCCUAAAUUGGGAGGUCCUGUAAAUAGCUAUUAUAACACCUCUUGUCAAACGACAAGUGUCCUAAAGAAGAAGAAAAAAAGCAACAAAGAAGAAACCCAAGAAGGCUCAUCUAAGCCAUGGAUGCCUCAUCCAUGCUGUACAAAGAAUGUGUGUAUUCUUCCUUUACCAGUAUUAUCUUAACCCUAUAGCAUGGCUGUUAAAAGACACUCUCAGAACCCUAGCACUUACCUAAAGUCUAUGUUUAUGCUGUUACUGUGUAUAUAUGUAUGUAAAUAUAUAUAUGUGUGUGAGUGUACAUGUUUUAUUGUACAAAACAUGUACCAUUGCUCUCUACCUGUCAGAUUAAGCAUCAGGGUGGUAGACUUUGAAUUUUAUCUGUAUUGAUUUUACUGGCCCUCAAGUAAUUAUUAGCUUAUAUUUCUGGAAAAAGGUCAAAUAAGGAAUGUAAAAUAGGUCAUGUCACUAUUUGUGUCUUGCAUCCCUGUUUACCACCUUAGUUGACUAAAGAGGCUGGAGUCUCCCACUGAUCUUCCCCGAGAUGAAAACAUUAAAUGUACUCCUUGUUCUUGCUUGCUUUGUGUGUACACGUAUUAUGGUUGUUUUACAGUAUAGAAACCUGCUGCUACUGUGUGGUGGAAUAUCAAAGCCUGUGGCUCACUGUAGGUCACUGAUUUACUCCUUGUUACACUGUUCACUGUAUGUAUGCUUUGUGUGUGAAUUUGACGCCAUCUCCACAGUCCUUUGACCUUUUCUGUGCAUGGUGUAACAAUGACUGGAAUUGAGUGGAGUGCUGCGUUCAGAGACGCUCACCUCAGGGUUUGAAGAGCCACUAUUAAGCAGGACUUCACAAAAAAGGUAUCCUGUUAAAGCCACUAUUAAUGACAUGUACAGGAAACUCAAGGACAUAGCAAUAACUUGAUUUUCUUGACAGGCUAGAAAUUUCACAUUAACUUGUGUUCAUAAUUUAGUGUCCUGUAAAAACCUCAUGAGCUUGAAAUGUUUUGAGUUAUGUAAUAUCAUUCCAUGUUACUGGAUCCAGUACAUUGCCAGGUUUGCCUGUGAACCAGAGAUGUCUUUUAGCACAGUGGACUUUGUAAAAGGCUGGAGAGCCCAUGUAUUUUCACCCAGUCCUCACGGAUUGCAGUCCCCCCCCAUGUUAGGAACAAACCUAUCAACCCAUUGUAUCAAUUAAAGUGCUGUACUUAACUGAG